UCUUAUCAGUUUACAUAUUUUAUCAGUGAAGGUGCAUCCGGUUUAAUGUGCAAUGUGUCCUACUAGUAAGCGAAUACAAUUUUACUGUUAUAAAACGUUUUAGACACGAAUGUGCAAUAUUUACAUUACUGCUGGAACAGUGUUUUCAUAUUUCGGUGAAAGGACGGUCCUGAAAUUAUAACAAUGAUGAAUACAGCGAAAAUGUUUAUUCGCGGAAACGUUCUAGGCUUGACAUGUGCAUUGGCUUUGCUCAUAGUGGCUGGAAUUUUAAGCACGCAGGAUAACGCGAGUGAAGACCUGCUUCAAAUCUAUAAUUGGGAUAACAAAAUAGGGACGGUCGCAACCAAUAUCAUUAUUUGCAGUAGCCUUCUGUUGAGCGUUAUUGUUGUUACAUGCAUCUUCGCUGUUUGUAUGAACAUGGAAUUGCCGGAGAAAAUGUUCUUUCCGUAUACGUUAUUUCUAACAACGAUGAUCUUCGCAUGUUUUAUUAUCGGAAUCCUAUCUCCAUUCACAAGGGGUCAGUUGGAUGAACUAGCGGUGACGUUGAACGACUCUCUCAGGAAUGAUUAUGUUCCCGGCGAAGGCGUUGUCGCAGAUGCCUGGGACCAAGCACAGUUAAAGCUAUCCUGCUGUGGCGCCAAUGGACCGGAAGAUUACUCUGUCAUAUCAUUCAAUGGAACAUUCGUUCCUUCUACCUGCUGUAAGUACCUCAAACAAAAAGAAAACUAUCAGCCUAUAAACGAAACGCUUUGCCAGUUUGAAGCGGAUCAGCUUCAACACAAUCAUACAACCAAUGCCACAUAUUUAAACACAGAGGGUUGUUGCAGUAGGAUAGAAAAGAACAUUUAUGAAUAUCUGUCCGUGCUCAUUUGGGUGUCCAUUUCAACGAAUUCUGCACAGUUCGUCUAUUGGUGCAUUGUCGUGUUAAAUUGGCGAAAAUCUAUACGAGCUCGCCGUCUGAAGUCAUGAUAUAUUUGGUUCGACAUCUUCUGGUAUGGCUGAACAUGGUCAAAUAUGAUGUGAAGUUUAUAUAUAAGUAUCGAUUUAGCUGUGUUGAUCGGUCCAUAAACAAAGAUUUUAGGUUGUGUUGGUAAGGAAUUGAAGUUAACACACUUUUUCAUUAAAACAUACAAAAACGGACUUUAGAUGCGGUUUAUGAUUAAUUUAUAACACGACGGUAUACACAUAUUUUAAAUUGCAAUGAUACUAAUAUUUUACUACGUUGUGCCGAUGAUAUGUGGUUCUUUGUUUGCUUUAUGCUUUGUUGCACAACGGAUUAUUGUGUUGACGAUCAGAGGUUCAACAAGAAAAAUGCAAUUUCUUCUAUAUGAUAGUUGUGUAAACAUCGUUAUCGAAUAAUAAAGUGCAAUUACAUUUA